AUGCGCCCGUCGAUUGCUAUGCUCGCCCGGUCGGCAUGGAAGGGUCAGUACCGCCGAACACUCCACUUUCACUGGAUCGCCUUCGCGAACUUGGGGAUCCGAUAGCAUUGCCAGGCAUGGGGCGAUUGCUAAAGCUGCGACCCCGUUUUGGUGCUCCUGCAGGGCCGUUCUUCACGUCGUUUCCGAAUGUCGCCGAGUCAUUGCGAACGAACACGCCGAUUCGAACGACCGCCAGAUCGUGUACGAUUCUGCCCAACUUUAUCGGGUGCGUCGCCUUAGGAACAUCGAUAUCGGCGUCGAUCGACGUCGAGUGUGUCAUCGUGCUCAGUCCCCUUGGCGCGAAGGCAGAUCGCUGACUUGCAUGGGGCUACGUCGGCCUGGGAUGGGCAAUAGGAUGCGCUUCCUCGUGCAUAAUGGCAAGCAAUACGUCCCCGUGCAUGUGACGCCGGAAAUGGUCGGCUUCAAACUCGGGCAGUUCGCGCCUUCUAGGCAGCCGUACAAAGGACGGUGA